UCCACGUCAGUUUCAUCUUCAUAAAGUGUAAUCGACUUCUGGCUAACUAGCUAGUUAGGUAGCUAACAGCACAUGCAAUACAUCUCCUUUGCUGUUUAGCUACCUAUACCUAGAGCAACAAUCUCUACAGAUAUGUCAUUACUCGAUUCCGAUGACAGCUACGAUUUCGUCUUUAAAAUAGUUUUAGUGGGAGAUGUCGGAGUGGGCAAAACUUGUGUGGUUCAGCGUUUCAAGACAGGUAUAUUUAUCGAGAGACAAGGAAAUACAAUUGGGGUGGAUUUUACGAUGAAGACAAUAGAUAUUCAAGGGAAAAGAGUCAAGCUGCAGAUCUGGGACACAGCUGGACAGGAGCGUUUCCGUACCAUUACGCAGAGUUACUACCGCAGCACCAAUGGUGCCAUCAUCACCUAUGACAUCACCAAAAAGGCCUCCUUCAUGUCUGUGCCCAAGUGGAUGGAGGAUGUGAAGAAGUACGGAGGCUCCAACAUUGUCCCUCUUUUAGUUGGCAAUAAAUCUGACUUGGCCGAGAUGCGUGAAGUUCCCUUUGAGGAUGCCCAAACAAUGGCACACCAGCUGGAAUUCAUCCAUGCCAUAGAAACAUCGGCAAAGGAUUCCAGCAAUGUGGACGAGGCCUUCAACAAAAUGGCUGCAGAACUCAUCCUUAGGCACGGUGGGCCAAUGUUCAAUGAGAAUGUGACAGACAGUUUCAAACUCAACAGCAAGGAUGUGGCUGCCGAGGGCUGGGGAUGUGGAUGUUGAUGGAUGUCCAUAGUGAUGUUAUGGAGAUGCGGAUGUUUAUGUCACCCCCCUCGAGUAAACACCUGUAGCUGAACUGGCAGGACAAGUUAACCUGUGCAAUACAUCAACUUUACAUGGAUUUAAUUCUGUUAUACUAUUUUUCCAGGGACCAGUUUCAGGAAUAGUUUGCAGUUUAGCAGCAGCUGCCUCUCAGUUUAAGCAAAAUAGACGUGAGGGAGAUGCCACAUAAUGGCCAGUACAAACAUGUCAUGAUCAACACACAGUUUUGGAGACCAGUUGCACGGGGGCAGAUGAACUGUAGCAAUGGUGAUACAUUUAGAUAAAACUGUGUAAACAUAAACAAUCUCAAAUAAUGAUUCUCAACCACAGACAGGACAGAAAAGACUGUUUGCCACACUAUGAUUCCCCCAACCAGCCAGAGAGUGCCACAUUUAUAGAACUGUCCAUAUUGGGUUUUCAUUUUAAGAAAACCACUUAAAAGAGAAAAACAAACAAUCCAAAGCAGGUCUAUCUGAAGUCUCAUUUGUAAACUGAAGGGAAGCUUAAUACAUGUGGUGGUGGAGUAUUUUUAUAUUUGAUCAAUGAAGAAUAUCAGGAAGUGUUUUUACAAUACUGUAUGGGUAGGUGCAGUAAUUGUGUACGUUUGUGGUCCUGUGAAAGAGCUUGUAGCAGAAAUAGUAAUCUCUAUUUCUUAAGCUGAAUCUGAAGUUGCCAUUUUCAAAACAAUGUUUUCAAAAAGGAAUGAGAACAAAAUGUAUGCAACUGAAUUAAUAGGCAUGUCAUGGGCAUAUAGGUAACACAUGUUGAUUAGGUUUUCCUGAGAAGUUUUGCAUUUUGUCUCAAUAGCAGUAUCUUUAUCAGUCUGUGCCAUUGAUAUCUCUUUCUUGAUGACAAUCUGAACAGUUUUACUUAUACACAGUCCUUACUUUCAUGAUACUUAUCACAAAGAGCAGCAGACUUUCCAUCAUCCUGGCUAAAGUCCUAAUCAGGCUGUUUCGGUCUGUCCAGCCAAUAAUCCCGGUGGAUUGAUGGAUUAAUAAUUUUCAGAUAAUGUGUGGUGAGCACUAUGGUGUAAAAUGUCUGCCAUGCGUCACCCAGGUGGGUGCUGUACAUUGGUGGGGGUUGAGGUGUUGUCCCCACACACAUAUACACACUCUCACUGUAAAAUGUCUUGAAAUUCAUGAAAAGCACCAUAUUAAUGCAAUCCAUUCUUAUUGUAAGCAUCAUUCUGUUUUAGGCUGGCAGUGAGGAGGUUUUUGAAUACAUGUCGAUAUCCCUAACAUGCAGUGUAUGUGGAUCAGUUUUAGUGAUACACUGUCCAUCUCAUAAAAGGAAGUGACGUGAGAUCUGUAGGAUUAAUGAUAACUGAAUUCAUCUCUGAGACGUGUCUCUCUGACAGUUAAAUUUCAAGAUUGUCACAUAGAGGGAGGCCCUCUCAUAGUGUAGGAGGGCAGCCCACAGCUUCAGUAGAGUGCAGGAGGGCAGCCCAUCGCCUCUCUAGAGUGCAAGAGGGCAGCCCACACCGUCUGUAGGAGCAUACUGUUCAAGCCCAGUGUCAUUGGCCUAUUUUUUACCUAGAGGCAGUUUCUUCCACAAAUCUGUACCCUGCAACCUGACAUCUCACUUUUGCUUCUGUGGUCCAGAGAUGGUGUCAUUUUCUUACUGCUUUCUGGUUGGCAGGCUGAAAAUUGUUACUCUGGUAUGAGGAUAGCUGCAUUUCUCAAUAGGAGAGGAUGAGAUACUCCUAUCAGGGGUAGAUAUAAGCAGAUGUCACUUUUAAUUGCUGUCAUUACGGAAACAUGGUUUUGAUCGCUUGCAGAUACAAAAGUAUUGUUUUAGUUAUGAUUAGUAUAACUAUUACAUGCAAUGGUUCUGAAGUUGUCUAUUAAUCAUUGUCAAGUCUGGAUGCCAGGUGACAGGUCACUUCAUAGGUACAGGAGGCUCACACUUUUCUCCUCAGUAAUUUGUCUGAAAUAUCUUACCUGAGGCACUAUAAAGUGGUAUAGGGUCAGAUACACAAGUGGUAUUUGUCUCCAUCUAGAACUGACCUUUGAGUGUACAUCACAGCAGGGUAGAGAGUAAAAUCACACGGGAUAACAUCUUAGACAUAAACUGAAGAUACAAAGAGAAGAUCUUCAACACCUUAUCUACAGAAAAACUAAAACUGGGUGUUUUUUUUUUUUUUUUUUACAAAAACAAUUACAACAGUAUGCUCUACAUUCUGGAAUGAAGGAGUGGAGUGCUGCAGUGAACUUUUUUAUUUUUUAUUUUC